UUGAAGAGACAAGUUGAUAUUCGAGGAAUCAGGCAGAAGAAGGCCUCUCUGACAGUUGAACGUUUGAUAGCUACAUAUAGACUGCGGAAUUACGAGAAAGGCGGUCGUCAUCUUGGACCUAUCAUGGCAAUAAUUGUAGUUAUUGGCUCAAUUUCAAGUGUAGCAUGGGGCCUUGCUGAGGUGGAUCCAGGAGAGCUACAGUAUCAAUGUGGUGGUAUACCGUUGUCAACGAGAUGGCGUAUGAUUUUGAUCUACAAGACCUUGUUCUUUGUUGAUGCCUUGGCCAUGAUUACAUUCGCAUUUUGCUACUAUCACAAUGCAAAAACUCUCAGAAAUGGGAGGUAUGAGCUGUCACUUCGAUAUCAAAUUUACGAGAACCUGAGGGCUAUACGGAUCUUCUUCCCACUUGCCAUUUUGCAUUUCAUCAUUUUCUGUCUCUUUUUCCUAGGUUCAAUAACAAUUCGUGAGCUCCGAGCCAGUCUGACGCCGAAGGAAUACGGUAUCGGAGUGCUUUCGUUAUAUAUUUUUCCGUAUUACAUCCUCGCUAUGUGCGCUUUGCUGUUCGUUGUCCUUCGAAAGGAGUCAGCAAGAUUGACAACAUUACAAGCUGCAAUAUCGGAGGGACAAAGCGAGAAGGAACAGUCGGAAAGGCACUUCCGUACUCUUCAGGACCAGUGGACCAAAAAGGCGUCAAAAGGCUGA